AUGGUUGGCCAAUCACACAACAAGGCUGUAUCUGUAAAUUCUGGGAGUCCUUUAACUUGUAGCGCUCGCGGUAGUAUCACCUCUAAGGGGCCACUACGAUGGACUAUAGCUGCUGCAAAAAUUUUGCUUUGCACCAGUCAGGUCGUUGACACGGACAUCGUUCGAAAGUAUGGACUCGGGACACAGAACGAUGUAACCCCAUCACGCGGUAUUGUUGUGAUUGCAGACGAAGGUGGCCAAUGUCUCGAGACCGAGGCGUGGAUUCCUGUCGCUGCCCUGGGCAGGGCUCAUGAUAUCAAGGGCAUUAUUCGGUUUGGAGACAGGUUUCAGCUGGGUCCUGUCGUCAUGAAUUCGGGGGAUGAACCUUUCAACGAGUUUGCCUCCCAGAUCAGUCGAUCAUUGUUCGACAGAAUUCUUCGGUCCACAGAGACCAAGGUGUCGUUGAAUAUACAACAGCGCAUGAGGCCUGAGCUCUGGUAA